UUACUUAUAGUUAUUAUCUAUUUGUGUGAGGCAACAAACCAACUGUAUCUGAGCAUUUUCGAUAUAUUUGGAGUAACUCGCCACUUUGGCUGCGAGCUAACUUCACACACACGCUUCAGCAACUCAGCUUGAGGGAGGUGAUUUAACACACCGAUUGUUAUUUUGUUGAUUUAUGUGUUUGUAAGAAAAUGAAGACGAAGAAGAUAAAUCCGAAAAACAAGCGUCUGUCCUCCGGGGUACAGAAGAAAGCCAAACGGAGCAUCCAUACGAAAGGCAGCUGGAAAGCUAUAGAGCUUGAUCCAAGUAUCUUCUCCGAGGAGGGCCUGGAGGGUCUGGUGUGUUUUGAAGAGCUGACAGAUUACCGCCUGGUGGACUCUGAGAAGGCUGUAGCUGAGGCAGCAAAAGAGCUGAAGAAGAAAGAGAAGAUGAAGGAGAAGAUGAAGGAGAAAAUGGAGAAGAGGAAAGCAAAGAAAAGAAAAGCAAGAGAGGCAGGCGAGGCUGGAGAGAAGGUGGAUGUUGAGAGCAAAGAUGAAGGUACAACAGAGGAACCAGCCAAGAAGAAGAAGAAAAAGAAAAAUAAGAAACCGGCCACAAAGGAAACAGCCCAACCAGACGACACCUCUGCAGAAGUGACACAGGAGGAUGUAGCUGCAGGUGAGGAUGGAGAGAAAGAUGAAGCUAAGGAGGACACAGCUGUUAACGCAGAAUCUGACGCCCAAUCAAAACCAACGAAGAAGACCAACAAAAAGCAGAAACAGAAGCAGCAGCACCAAAUACAAAAGGUCCUAGAAGAACAGCCAAACCAGGAGUCUCCAUCAGAACCUCAAGCUCAGGAAGAAGAAAAAUCCACCCAAGACAAAAUGACAAAAAACCCCAAAAAGCAGCAAAAGAACUGGACAAACGCAGCACUUUCUGGCUCUAAUGACAAAAAUGCUGAUGUGACUGCCUGGAAGGACCUGUUUGUUCCCUCCCCUGUGCUAAAGGCACUGAGCAGUCUUGGAUUUGGGUCACCGACACCUAUUCAAGCCCUGGCUUUGCCUUCAGCUAUCAGGGAUCGUAUGGAUAUACUGGGUGCAGCUGAAACAGGAAGUGGGAAGACACUGGCUUUUGGCAUUCCCAUGAUCCACGCCAUCCUGGAGUGGAGGAACAGUUCUGAAAAGGAUGUUGAUGACAACACUGAAGCAACCACACAGGUGGAGAGUUUGUACUUACCUGAGUCCACAAAGUCAGGAGAAUCCUCCAUAGAAGAGGUGGGUGACAUGGAGGCUGAGGAGGAAGAAGGUGAAAGCAUCACAGAGGAGGAUCAAGGUGACGCAGACGAGCAUGACAGUGAAGAUGAAAAUGUUGAAGAACAAGAUGACAACGAGAGGCUCGGAUGUGUUCAAGUUAUCGACAACGCAGAGUUUGACUUUGAUCCGACGACUGAAGCAGAAGAAAAACCUGAUGGUAGUCGGGGGCAACCUCUGCUUGGACUGGUGCUCACUCCCACCAGAGAGCUGGCUGUUCAGGUCAAGCACCAUAUCGACGCUGUCGCAAAAUUCACAGACAUCAAAACGGCAAUAGUAGUGGGUGGAAUGGCGCAACAGAAACAAAGAAGGAUGCUAAAGCGAAGACCAGAGAUCAUUAUCGCCACUCCAGGACGUCUGUGGGACUUGAUUAAGGAGAGGCAUCCACAUCUGCAGAACUUGAGACAGCUCCGGUGCCUGGUCAUUGAUGAAGCAGAUCGCAUGGUAGAGAGAGGCCACUUUGCAGAGCUGGAGAGUCUACUGGAGAUGCUGAACACUGCACACUUCAAUCCCACAAGACAAACAUUUGUGUUCUCGGCCACACUGACCAUGGUGCACAUUCUGCCUUCCCGCCUCCAGCAGAAGAAGAAGAAACGACUGGAUCAGAGGAGCAGGCUGGAGGUUCUCAUGGAGAAAGUAGGCAUCAAGUCCAAGCCCAAAGUCAUUGACCUGACCAGGAAGGAGGCAACUGUGGAGACCCUGACUGAAACACGAAUCCACUGUCAGAAAGAGGAGAAGGACUUCUAUCUUUAUUACUUCUUGCUCCAGUAUCCAGGCCGUACCAUGGUGUUUGCCAACAGUAUAGAAUGUAUCAAGAGACUGAACUCACUGCUGGUUAUUUUGGACUUCACUCCACUGCCUCUUCAUGCCAACAUGCACCAGAAACAACGCCUCAAAAACCUGGAACGGUUUGCUGAAAGGGACAGUUGUGUUUUGCUGACUACUGAUGUGGCAGCAAGAGGGCUGGACAUCCCCAAUGUCCAGCAUGUUAUUCACUACCAGGUUCCCAGGACAUCUGAGACCUAUGUCCAUCGGAGUGGCAGAACAGCAAGAGCCACCAAAGAGGGUCUGAGUCUGCUGUUAAUAGGCCCAGACGACAUGAUGAACUUCAAAAAGAUUUACAAGACUCUUGGGAAGGACGAGGAGCUUCCCAUGUUCCCCAUAGAGACCAAAUGCAUGGAAGCAAUCAAGGAGCGGGUGAACUUGGCCAGACAGAUAGAGAAGAUCGAGUUCCACAACAGCAGGGAGAAGCACCACAACUCCUGGUUCAGACAAGCAGCAGAGGCCCUGGAGGUGGACCUGGAUGACAAUCUUUUAAUUGGCAGAGCAAAAGAUGAGGACGAUGACAGAGAGCAGCAGAAGAUGGUGAAGGGGAUGAAAAAGCAUUUGAAGCAUUUGAUCUCCCAGCCCAUCUUCAAGAAUGUGAUAAAGACCAAGUACCCCACUCAAAUGGGAAAGCUAUCCCUGCCUCACAUGCCUCUCGCAGGGAAGGAAAGUGCCCUUACCCGGGUUUCAAUACAGAAGAAACAGAAGUUAAAAAAAGGUGUUCCACCACAGCAGAAAAAGGAGAAGAAAAAGAAGAAACAACAACAGGAGCAGUAACAUUUAUGCAAAUGUGAUUAAAAAAAAAGGCCAUAAGGAUUUAUGUAACUGUUGAUUUAUGUAAAUGUUUACAUAAAUUCUCUGCAGUUCAUUGAAAUACUUAUUGCACAAUGUGCAAAAAAAAUGCAGAUGUUGUUGAAUUGCUGUAUACUGCAAGAUUUUAUAAAAAUCUGUUUUCAUAAG